UUAAUUAACACGAACAGUUAUAUUGAAAGUAUGGAAAUGCAAUACCAAAGAGACUCAUGGUCGACUCCCUGUUACUUUGCAUCGGCAUCCGCCGGCGGCGGCAGCGGAGUAAUAAUGGUGACGAAGACGACGGCUGUGAGGGACCCAGUUGAGAGGAUCGAGAGGCUGGCGGCGGAGAGUGCGGUGGUGAUAUUCAGUUUGAGCACGUGUUGCAUGUGUCACGCCGUGAAGCGCUUAUUCUGCAGUAUGGGUGUGAAUCCGACCGUUCAUGAGCUUGACGAGGAUCCUAUUGGGAAGGACAUGGAAAUGGCACUCUCAAGACUUCUGGGCCGAGGUUCGCCGUCGUCUGUCCCCGUCGUGUUCAUCGGCGGGAAGCUCGUCGGAGCAAUGGACCGUGUUAUGGCUUCUCAUAUUAAUGGCUCUCUUGUUCCUCUCCUAAAGGCUGCCGGAGCUCUCUGGCUCUGACCAUCGACUGGCCAACAACAAUAUAUCAGAUCUUUCUUUUAAUUCAUAGAUCGAUCUAGCUAGCUAGAACUAGAUGAAGACUAAUUAAGAGCAAGUUAAUCGUAACUAAUUAGUACGUAAAGUGCAUGCUGUUAAAGAAACAAACACUAAUUAUGGGAUUCAUGUCUGUAACUUUCUUAAUUAAUUAUGUUUUCUUCUUUCAU